AUGGCUUGCUUGUUACGCCGCCAAGUCCAUCUGAUUCCAAAAAUGUCGAAUUUCAAGUUGCAGUUCGAAAAAGGUGAUAUUCAGCAUUACGCCAUCACGUGUAGCUUGAAAACACGGCCAAGAAGCACACGGAAAAUGACUUCUUCUGAAAGGCCACCUUUUUCGCAGCAGCAGCUGGCUCUCUUAAUGGUGCGGACGCCGAGGAUGGACUUGGCACAGCAGCUGAGUGCCUACUUUUCCGUACAGUCCACCUUCUCGUUCUUCCGCUCCUCCUCCUAUCCUUCUCCUGGUCCCUUCUCCGGCACACGCUCUGGCCCUCAGGAACGUCGAAACGAGCUGCUCCUUGUGGCUUCGAAAGCUUUAUUCGAAACACUGUACGGCACGCAUUCACUUGCUGUGUCGUUUCUGUACACCCACACCAUGUCCGAGCCAUCAGCUGUUCCCGUCGCCGCGGGCGAGCCUACCACCCAAUGGGCCUACCGUGCGCAAAAGUCCAUCGGUCUCAACACCGGCUCUCCCUCCUACACUUCCGUCAAUGGCUUCGAUCAGGUCACAGGCGCUACCCGCGUCUUCCAGUACAGUCCCGACGGAAGCACCUUUGCCGCUGCCAUGGACGACUUCACCCGUCUCGUAGACACCCGCGCUGCUUCCACCUCCUCUGUAAAGCGCGAUCUUCCAGCGCCCAAGGUCGUCGACCUCCGUUUCUCGCCCAAGGGCGGCUUCCUCAGCACAUUCGAGCGCCCCUCCAAACUCGAAGAUGGCUCCAAUACACGCAACCUCAAGAUCUGGGAUACCGAAACCGGAGAGGCCGUGGCCGCCUUCGAGCGCAAGUCGCAGGACGGCUGCUUCUUCCAGUUUACCGCCAACGAGCAGUACUGCGUAAGGCAAGUCUCCACCGAGCUGCAGAUCUACGAGCCACGCCACAUCGCAGACAAGGGCGUCAUCGGUCGUUUGCGUCUCGAAGGCAUCACCAGCUUCGAGGUUGGGCCCGGCGAGAAGCCCAGCAUCGCCGUCUUUUGCGGGGAGAAGAAGGGCGCCCCCGCCUCGGUCCGCGUCUACUCUCUUGCUUCCCUCAUCCCAUCACCCGAGACACCACCCGCCCCCGUCUCGCAAAAGACCUUCUUCAAGGCAGACAAGAUCCAGAUCAAGUGGAACGAAGCAGGCUCUGCGCUCUUGUUCAUGACCUCCACCGACCACGACAAGACCGGCAAGUCGUAUUACGGCGAGACCAACCUCUACCUCAUGUCCGUCCGCGGCGACUUCGACUGCCGCGUUGCGCUCGACAAGGAAGGUCCCAUCCACGACUUUGAAUGGAACCCUAACUCCAAGGAGUUCAUCGUCAUUUACGGCUACAUGCCUGCCAAGGCCGUCCUCUUCAGCCACCGCGUCAACGUCAUCGCCGAGCUCGGAACGCAACCACGCAACUUUGUCGCCUUCAACCCCCAGGGUCGCCUCUUCUGCAUUGCCGGCUUCGGCAACCUCUCCGGCACCGUCGAUAUCUGGGAUCGCGAAAACUUGUCCAACGGCAAAGUGUUUUCCAUGGAUGCGAGCAACAGCUCCGUCUGUCAAUGGUCUCCCGACGGCCACUUCUUGCUCACCGCCACGCUCAGCCCGCGUCUGCGUGUGGAGAACGGUGUCAAGAUCUGGCAUUGCACUGGCCAGCUCGUCCACGUCGACAUGAUCGACGAGCUCUACCAAGCUGGCUGGCGUCCCGGUGCCAACGCCGGUCUCACCGCUUUCCCGGCCCAGGUCCCCUCGGCACCGGCACCCUCGGCCGCCGCCGCUUCGUACCUUGCCACGAAAGCAGCCACAAAGCGCCCUACCGGAACGUAUCGUCCACCGGGUGCCCGCGGCCAAGGCACACCGGACAUCUACAAGCGCAUCGACGAGGGCGGUUCCGGUGCCUCUACACCUGACCUCGCUCGCUCUGCAUCCCAAAAUGGUACCUACCAAGCACCUGGUUCCGGCAACCGCAAACGUGCCAUCCCCGGCGCACCCGGCUCCGCGCCGCGCAACAACGGCAACGCUGCCAACAACCAGAAGGACGGCAAGAAGAAGGGUGGCAAGCAACAGCAAAACGGCAAGAACGCGGCUGCCGCCGUAACCGUGGUGGAGGAGCCAGCUGCGCCCGCAGUCUCGGGCGCCGCCGAGGUCGGAGGCAGUGCCGGCGCCGCCAACCUGGAGAAGAAGGUGCGCAAUCUCAACAAGAAGUUGAAAGCGAUCGAAGAGCUCAAGUUGCGUCAAGCGGGAGGUGAGAAGUUGGAGGCGAUGCAGCUGGCCAAGAUCGCUGCUGAGGAAGAGGUGCGUAGAGAGCUGUCCACGUUGGAGUAG